AUUAUGCCUCUUCCCUCUAAAAACUCUCAUUUCUCUCAUCUCUCUCUCUCUCUAUCUCUCCCUUGUCUGACUCUGCUUCCUUGAAGCUCUCAAGCUCAACUUUAAUGGCUUCCGACUAAACUAUAUUGGAAACUGGAGCUGCAAUUGUCCAGAAGAGAGGAAUAAAAAUUGGACAUGGAGAUUAAGAGGAAAACGCCUAGGCAGCUUGAAGCUCUUGACCCUUUCUACUUAGAGAACAAUUAUCCUACACCAGUGGAAAUGGAAGACUAUGCUGCUACUCUGGGAUUGACUUACAAGCAGGUCCGAGGUUGGUUUGUUGAGAAGAGGAGAAAGGAGAAAAGAGAAGGUUUAGCAACAGUUCCACGAACAUCGUCUUCAAAAUGCAAACAUAAUUCAAAAUGCAAACAGAUGCUCACGGUUAAGAACGCAGUGGCCAAGAGGAAAAACAAGCAAAGCCAUCUUCAGGAUUUGUUUAUGCCGGACUACAUUCUUAGAAAGGUGUUUCGGAAGGAUGGUCCUCCCCUUGGGCUGGAAUUUGAUACUCUUCCUUCAACGCGAUUUUUCCCUUGUAAAGGUCCCGGAAAUUCUUAUCCUCCUUGCAAAGAGAAUCUAAGAGCAAUCAAACGGAGGAAGGUUUCUGAGCAUGCUGUUGUAAGUACAGCUCUGAAUGGCAAGUAUCCUCCAGUGAAAAAGCAUGGUAUGGGUAAAGGUUUAAUGACUGUCUGGCGGAUCACAAACCCUCAUGCUGGAGAUAUUCCUACUGGCAUUGAUUUUGCUGAUGAGGGAACUGGUGCAUCAUCAAUCUCGAAAUCCGUGUCACGAAAUCCACGAAUUCAACUCAAAAAACCACAAAAACAAAACAUUCGUAACGCAAGAUUACGAGUCAAAUUACCAGAGAAGAAGAAGCAUUCAAUUAAAAGAAGAGAGGUGGAAUUAUCCGAAGAUGGGAAUCAGGAGUUGCCAGACGGACAAAAUUGUGAACUUUAUUUGGAAGGUCGAGAUUCUCAAGAAAGUUUUCAUCAGAUUUCAAUGCUCAUGGAUGAUGAAGACCUGGAGUUGGGACGGUUACAAUGUGUAUUAGAUCCACCAGGGUGUUCUGGUCAUUCUAGUACCAAUGCAGGUCUUGGUUGUUCACUUUGCAAAGAUGUGUUGGCCAAGUUCCCUCCAAAUUCAGUCAAGAUGAAGCAACCUUUCAGUACACAACCUUGGGAAUCAUCUGUAGAAAUUGUCAAGAAACUUUUUAAGGUUUUUCAUUUCCUUUAUACUUAUUCUCUCGACGUUGAUAUCUGCCCCUUCACCCUUGAUGAGUUUGCUCAAGCAUUUCACGACAAGGAUUCUUUGUUGCUUGGAAAAGUUAAUGUGGCCCUUUUGAAACUUCUUCUAUCUGACAUUGAAGAGGCACACAAUAAUGGAUCGUUGCCUAAUUUGAGCAGAUGUUGCAAUUAUCUCGCCUUACUUCACUCGGUCGAAAAUCAAGAAUCUGUUUUGGAGUUUUGGAAGAGAUCACUAAAUCCUCUAACAUGGACAGAAAUAUUGCGCCAAGUAUUGGUCGCAGCUGGUUUUGGGUCAAAGCAAAGUGCAGUUCGCAGAGAAUCCCUUGACAAGGAAAUGCAUCAUAUGGUGACGUAUGGUUUACGUCCUGGUACCUUGAAGGGUGAAUUAUUUAAAAUUUUGCUGGAGCAAGGAAACAAUGGGUUGAAAGUUUCUGACUUGGCAAAGUCCUUGCCAAUUGUUGAUCUAAAAAUUGCCAGCACUGCAGAAGAAGUAGAGUAUAUAAUAUGCUCAGUGCUAUCAAGUGAUAUAACAUUGUUUGAAAAGAUCUCAUCAGCCACUUACCGUCUACGCAUCAACACUAUCAUAAAGAAAGCAGAGGAAUUUCAGUCAGACACCGAAGACUGUGGAGUGGUUGAUGAUGAUCUCACUGGGAGUGAUGCAUAUAGUAGCGACGAAGAUUCUGGGUGUGGUUCAGGAAGUUUGAGUCUUCAAAAUUGGACAAUUUUAAAACUCCGUAAAAGUAAAGAAGGCAUCCGUAAUGUUUGUACGGAAAUUGAUGAAAGCCAUUCUGGUGAAGCAUGGCUUUUAGGACUGAUGGAAGGUGAAUAUUCAGACUUAAGCAUUGAAGAAAAAUUGAAUGCCAUGGUGGCUCUGACUGAUCUAUUUCGAGCAGGAUCCAGCAUUGGAAUGGAG